UAACAGGUUGCGAACAGUUGCCUUGCGCGUCCGCCUGGCCGAGAAAUCCGCACACAGGCCCAACAGAUGAAGAAGCGGCAGCACACUGCUCUCAUUUCCACGGCAGAUUCAGAACCAGUCGAAUGCUUUGAGGGGUGGCGAGUUGCUUCUUGCCGAUAGGGAAGGUCCUGGCGCCGCGUGUACUGCCCCACUGGCGCUGUUUCAGAGAAGCGAGUGUUAUUUGCCACACGAGGGAGACCCGCACAAUGUGAAGCAGGUGUCUGCUAAGCGCGUCCGGAGAAGUGGUCAAUUGAUUGGACGAGCAGCUUGUGCGGCUGAGCUUUCAAGCUACCGGUGUAAAGUUGCAUAGAACCGGUACCUGGCGUUCUCUUGUGAUCCUCAUCACCGCGUGUGAUCAGUCCUGCCUCAACCAAGUACUCUGCUGGAAUACCACAGGUCACAAUGUCACAAAAAGUACAGGUGAUGCCGCCACGCGGAAGUUCCAAGGGUGGCAGGGACAUCGUGCUAGUCUAUCCGAAACAAAUACCCGAGUCUAAGACUUACACCGUGACGUUCAAGACGGAUACUGGUGGACGGGCGUAUUCAUCGAAAGCUGAUGCACAGAAGGUGGCCGAUAACACUGUCAUUGUGAAGCUGCCCCCACACGGGCGAAAAGACAAGGUUCGACUCUCCAUAUUUGGUGAUCAUCCGCUCCACUUACCACCGGCAGACUUUGAGUUCAUCGGUGUUGCCAGGAUGUUGCUUGAUCAGCUACCCAUGCCCAUUACUGCUGCACAGAUUCUGGGCCUGAUGUUGCUGAUAAAGGAUGACGAAGUCCGGAGUGACUGUUCGAUGCUUGACCUGGAACUGCUGGGCACAAUCUCCAAGAGUUCGGAAGGCUUGCCGUCCCUCACAAUCACUGAUAUCCUGGAAGGUACCAGGCUUUCGGCACGCGACGACAAGGAGAACCUGCUUCACAUCUGCGGCGAGUACGGUUUUCUCAACCUGGCCAAUCACAUCCUGGACUCGCCGGCACUGUUUCCCAGCCUGAGCAGUGAUCUUAACGCCUGCAACAAGAGAGGACGCAAUCCGGCCGAGGUGGCGCUAGAGUUUGACGAUUUGGAGUUGUACGAGCUGUUUGUUGCUCAUGGGUCCACACCUGCUAGCGGUGAAGCUAGCAACAGUGAGCGCCGCAACACAGCAGCGCCACCCGCACCUCUGAGCAAGAAGGCCAGCUCUAUGACUCCAAAUGCGCUCUUCCGUCAGCUGGGCAACCGGAUUCGUACCAGCUCAACAGCAGAGGACUCGCGUACUUCUAAUUCCCCUACCACUAAGCGUGCUGGAUCGUAUAUCGACGUACAGUUGAGCCCCGGGCAGUCAAAUUCCCUGGGCAGGUCUGGCUCAAUCCUCUCCGCACUAUCGGCAGUACAGGACAGCACAGGUGCAACAGAUGAGCAGGAUGGAGACGACGGUCCCAAUACCGACGAUGGUGGAGCAUCACCGGCAACGAAGAGAAAGGUGAAGACGCUUGGAAUCAAUCCGUUCCGGAAGAAUCGAGGAAAGGCUAAGGAGAGCAAAUCCGUUGAAUUGCCUAUCCAAGACCAAAUUGCAUCGACGUCCCACACUGAUGCCCCUUCAGCAACGACACCACUAUCUCCCACAACGUCACUGCAGCAAGAUCAACUGUGGACGUUGAUGCAGAAAGUUGAGGGCUAUGCCAGGGUCAAGUUACCUUAUGAGCCAUCUGCAUUUGACGAAGGCAAACUGCGCAUGCAGAUUGGUGACGUUCUGUACAUCACUGAGCGAGAUGACUCCGGCAUCUGGUCUGGCAUUCUGAACAAGAAACAGUUUGGCAAGUUUCCAAUGGUGUACGUGGCGGAGAUCUCGCAGCAAGAGGCGGAGCAGUUGCUGUCCGACAGUGGCAGUACGGCAUCAGGAGACUCGGAUGCCAAGCCUGGCAACCGAUUGUCAGGUUCCAUACUGGCUCAGCAACCCAGGCCACCGGCCGCUAGACCAAGUAUUCAGCAGUUGCCCUUGCCCACGGCACCGGGCACUGUAUCGCCUUCCCAUUCCAGCCAUUCACACAUGUCAUCGUCGGCAAUGCGUACGGGCUCUCUGGCGCGCAACGAGUCCUUUCCAGUGGCUCCUAGUCGCGAUGAACCAACGGCAAUGCCGGCAAAGUUCAUACCAGCUAUGGAGUCUGAUGAUGAGUUUGAGGGUCUCUACACAACAGUUGCUCCGGACGAGCCAGAAGGGAGGGAAGUGCAAAUCACGGGCCAGGAUCUGGAAAUGAACAGUGACGAAGAUUAUGACGUCGUUCAGGAACCGGCCGCUCCCGGUGUGAGGUCGCCGCCAUCUCAUGCUACCACCGCUGCUUUGGGUGCAGACCGAUCAAGUCGACCUGUGCAACUGAAAAACCCUCCUGUCGGUUGGAAGGCAGCAGCUCCGGCACCAGCGCGCACUCCGAUAUCCCCACCACCUGGGCCAGCAGCUGCCCUUGCCGCUGCCACUGCUGCUGUGGCACAGAAGAGCAAGAAGGGAACACCGCCUCCGCCUGUGGCACCACCACCGGCCCCAGAAGAAGAAGAAGAAGAAGAAAUUCCGGAACAGGACAAAAACUUCUACCAAGUGCUAUAUCAAGGCGACAUCACCAAGGCUUACAGUCCGGAUCGGUCCGUGGAGAUGAUGGACUAUAUCGCAAUCAAGCCUGGAGAGUGCGUAAACAUCUUGUGCGAGCCGUCCGGCGAGUCGUGGGCUCUGGUGGAGAAGUCAGGAAAGAUUGGCCGCGUCUACAGCAACUACUAUGCACCACGUCCGGAGCACAAGCCAGCACACAGAGCAAAGCCUAUUCACUUAAGCAGACGACUAAAACACAUUGACUGCAUUCUGCCGGGUGAUCAGAUUGGAGUGCAUGUAGACAACGUCACGCAAGACUUAGUCAUCUUCCAAGUGGACAAAUUCGAAGAGUCCAUUCCGGAGCCGACCCCGGAGCCAUUUCCUAUACCCGACGACUUGCCGCCUCCUCCUAUGGUCAACGCAGAGCCCUAUGAUCCUGAACUUUAUGAAGACAUGACUGGAGAGCAACAAAGCGGGCAAGAUGCUCCAGCACCAGUGAAUCCUGUGUCUACGUUUCUAACUUCACGACCACCAACAAUGGCGCCAAUGCAUCAGAAGAACAAGCCACUUCCAGCGAAUAAUGGCUUUCCUUCACCGGUGGCAGCCCUGAAAUCACCACCUACAUCCAAGAAGCCACCCGGGAGUCCAGCAACUAAGAAACCACCGCCAAGCACUCCCAAACGUUUUACACCCGUGUCGGCUAGCAACACUAUUGGUGGAGCUAGUCCCGUGAUGGGCAGCAAGAUCAGCGAUCUGAAAGCACAGCUCGGGAAAUCGCCGCUCACACCGCUCAAGCCCUUUGGAGGCAGUCCGGCAACCGCUCCGAAGACAGCCAGCCCAGCAACGGCACCCAAGAAGACUGGAUUUCAGCGGCAGUACUGAGUGUUCAUGCACUGCCAGUAUAUAGCAUGGAAGCAGACUGGGUCAUAAGUGCAGAUCCCGUAUGUGCGAAACCAGUAUGGGUGGAUCUAAGAUUAUGUGCAGAUCCAAUUUGUGCAGAUGCAGUACCUGCAGAUCCAAUAUAUGCAGAUCUAGUAUGUGCAGAUCGAGUAUGUGCAGAUCCAGUAUGUGCAGAUCCAGUCCCUGCAGAUCCACCAGUAUUCUACAGAUCCAGUAUCUACAGAUCCAGUACAAUAUGCAGAUCCAGUAGAUGCAUGUGCCCCACAGUAUCUGCAAAUCCAGUAGUUGCGUGAAAAGUUGAAACCCAGUAUGUGACAAUCCAGCCAGCCACUACGAAAGGACCAUGUCUACACUUCUUUUCCUCCCUCCAUAGAUCACACUGUUAACACGUAGAACACAGACAAAUUUCACUUUUUUUGCAUACUAAAAACCUAUCUAACUUACCCAACAUGUGAUUCACAUGCUGUGCCAGUUGUAACAUGGCGUAGACUGUAGAGACGAUAAUGAUAAUUCUACGUUUUUGAAGAGUAAGCGUAACACCAUUUUGCCAAGUUUUCACCACAUGAGAUAUAUAAUUCAGUAUUUUUUGGACCAAUCGUUCUGUUAAAACCAUGAAUCGCUAUUAAUUUUUUAAAAGAUGAUCAAGCAAAAUAUUUUUUCCAAGUGCAUUGACGCUUGGCAUUGUACUACGACAUACAUGUACCUUUUGCUUGAUGCAAUACAAGCUGGAGUUGCGCUAAGGGA